AUGGAUCAAUGCACCUUUAAAGCCAAGUUAUUCGUCACGGCGAACGAAAGUGGACGUGUGAAGGCAACGCUCCAAUCACUACUGGGAAUUUUAAGAGAAGCGGAAGAACAAUAUGAGCAAAUACAGUCGGAAGCGGUGGACCGCACCCAUUACGAAACCCGGACACUGAGGUCCUUGUGGGGCAAUGCCACCUGGAGUGGACCUCACCUUUCUACCUCGCUGCCACAGCUGAGUCACUGUCCAAACCUACCACUGUGGCUGUCAGGUCGUCGAUGGGCAACACACCCAAGCCUCUUGUUGCUGCUCGCAUCAUCGAUAUGUGAGGGCUCACCUCCUAGUGGGGGGUACGGCUACCAUCCGAAACCCCAACCGUUCUUGCCGGCACCUCCAGGUGAGACGCCAUCCUGUGCCAAGCAUGGGAGGACUUACUGCGAGUACAUCGAAAACUAUCCAACGUGA